CCGGAAGUGGAACUUGACUAAUUAUGAAUUCCAGGGUUUUAUUGUGAAGAGACGGUGGCCCAGCCCCCGGUGCUCGAUGGUUGCGUUGUGCGGCGGUGCAGACGUAGCAGAGGCCGGUGAGUGUGAAGCGCUGACAGGACGCUGGUGGGGCGGCAGUCGGCGCACACAGCUCAGUGAAGUGUGUCUGCUGCAGCGAGCGUAACACUGGAUUACCACCACACCGAGGGCUCUCCAGAAGGGGGCAGCGUAAGACUGAGCUCAACUCCCAAAGUCCCAUCAGGUCCUCGGACGGUCUGCGCUGUCAGGAUCACGCCUUUGACAACAAUGAAAGGCUCUCCUGACCUGAUUCCUGCCGCAGAUUUGGACCCGAGCAGAGUGUGCAAAGGGAAAGGAGUCGUGACUCUAAGGGCCACCCUCGUCCACAUAGAUGAUGAGGGCUGCAUCAGCGGCGAGCCAAAUGUCAUCACAACGGCAUGUGGCUGGACGAGCCAGAUUAAUGGAGACAGCUCUAAAGCAGGAUUGGCUGAGGGAGGCAGCAACAUCACAGCUGAUUUACCUCCUGUAAACAACACUCAGUGCCAGGCCAAUUCACCAGAGAGCAUCAAAGAAAACCAGGGCCCAUCCUCCGCUGACAUUCAGAACUGUUUCACGUCGACCUCCAGCUCUGUUUAUCCUUGCACUAGCACAGUUAACCCCACCAUAGUCCUGCUGCAACACAACAGAGAGCAGCAAAAGCAUCUUUCUCAUUUUGAAGACCCAACCCCAGAAAGGGACAAAAGCCCUGAUCCAGGGAGAGAAUCGGUCAGUCCAGUCCCUGAUAUGGACUGGAAGAGGCUGCGGCUAUCACUGUACUCCCCUGUGCUCAGUCCUCUCAACAAGCCCAUUGUGCCUGUACGGAACACUGACAAGUCCAAAGACUGGUACAAGACAAUGUUCAAACAGAUACACAGAAUACCUGAGCCUAUUGAGGAAAACCCUUACCGCCCCACGUACAUUUUCCCCGAGACCUAUGACAUUCAGAUGAAAUCAAAAGAUGAUGGACCCACUCCCUUUGGUUAUUUGGAAGAUGUGAGAGCAGUGCCACGCUCAAAAAGUGACGCUGAGGUCGAUUCAAGAGGCCGGUCAAUGCCUGUGCCAACGCGGUCCUCUUCUCUCAAACCCUCUGCCAAAAGGAGCGAGUGGGAGCCCCCGGAUAAAAAGGUAGACACCAGGAAGUACCGCGCCGAGCCCAAGAGCAUCUUUGAGUAUGAGCCGGGGAAGUCGUCGGUGCUGAAGCUGGAUAGAACGACUCAGGAGGUAAAGCCAGAGGAUGUAGAUUUAGAGAAUGAGCCUUGGUAUAAAUUCUUUUCAGAGAUGGAGUUUGACAAAGCGAGUGCCCCCUCUUUCAGCCCCCUGGAAACAGCCUCCGACCUGCAGCAGUACUCCUCGAGCAAGUCUGGACACAGCGAGGUGGAGAAGGACGGAGGAUCAUCCACGAGCGAGCCAGGGGCUCCAGAAUGCGACCGCCAUGUUUACAAGAGUGUCCUGGAGGGCGGCGACAUUCCCUUACAAGGUCUGCGGGCCCUAAACAAGCGCCAGGCAAGCUCCUCCUCCUCUAAAGUGGAUUAUAAAGGUGGGAAUGGCUAUAUAAUUUCACCCUGCUCCUCUGUAAAUAGUCGAUCGGUUCUUGCCAGUAAUGCAAUAGGUAACCAGUGUAAGAGUAUGAAGCCUCUAUCUGCUGCCAAAGCCUGCAUACCCCAAAUCCUGCCCUCUAAAUUCAAGCCCAAGCUGCUGCCGCCCAGUGGUGACAGUCAGGAGAGCAGGACUAAAGCUAUCAGGCACCCAAAGGCCCACAGCUGUGAGGAACUGUACACAGGGCCAUGUGACACAGACUUUGCAGGAGCAGAGGAAAGGGAGAGUGGGCAACAUUCAGACUCUAAGUCCAGCUGUGGCACCGAGUGUGCGGACGGCCUCAGGAAUGCUUCCCCUGCAAUUAAGAGGAGCGCCUCUGAGUUUUCCAGCCUGUACAGGACCAUGCAUUACAUCCAGCGGCCCAGCUCGGCCGGCUGCAGCCCACACGGCAGCGUCCGCAGCCUGGCGUCUCUUUUUGAGAAGUCAAAGUCCGAAGGGGAUGAAAGGUCAGAGGCAGAUGAGGGGGGUAACAUUCCAAGGGAUGCAGUGUCGUCGCGGGUCAGUGAGUUUGAAAUCAUCAUCCAGCGGUCCAGCUCGGCGCCCAGCCGCUCCUCCUCCCUGCCCACCCUGCACUCCAGCUACUGCCACAGCCCCGACCACAACCCCGCCCAACUCUACAUGGCGUCUGCAGUGUCAGCGGAGUCCCUUUUGGUAGCUGACGCUACCCAGAUGGAUGCCUGCUCCCCAGUGGAGGCAGAGGGCAAGAGCUGUAGGGAGGAGGCCUUGUCGCCAGGCAGUGUGACUGUGGAGGAGGCUGCUUCCUCCUCAGAGGACAGACACAACGUCAGGACUGAGUCCCCCUCUAACACUGAGGUUGAGCAGAUCUUCAGUAAAAGUUCCCCAGACCUGAUCCACCAAAAUGCCAGUGGAUCAAAGAGUCCCUCAGCACUGCUGGCAGCAUCACCUCCACUACACAACCCUCUCCACCACCACCACAACCACAUCCUGCAUCACCUGAACCAUCAACUCCUCCUCAAACCCAGCAAAUGCAAAGGCUCUUGCCCUGCCUCCUACACCCGCUUCACCACCAUCCUCAGGCACGAGAGGCAACAGGCCACAACCCAACACGAGAGGCCGGCACCAUUGGAGAAGAAGACCACGCUGCCUGGGAACCUCUUCCUCAUGGGCCCCGCUCCCUUCAGGUUACGUAAGAACCUGCAGUCCCACCAAACUCGGAGGACACUGUUAGCCACCAAGGUGACAGUGGGCACCCAGAGACCCAGCACUUGGUCUCCUGAGCCCAGACCUCUGAUCCCUCAGCGCCUGUCCUCCCUGGAAGUCCUGGAGAGGCUGAGUAACGGGGAGGGAAGCAACACUGAGCACCUGAGUAACUGGCAGGGCUUGGACGCCAACGGGAACCUACUGCAGCCGCUGGCAGCUCACCGCAGAGACUCGUCCCCAGUUCUCGGAGAGAGCCAGGAUGACGUGUUGCGAAGGCGUCAUGGGGACAAAGAGAAAAUCUUGGAGGAGCAGCGGCGGCUGAAGCGGGAACAGGAAGAGGCUGACACGGCAUCGAGACGACACACAGGCAUUGUUCCGACACACCACCAGUUCAUCACCAACGAGCGCUUUGGAGACCUGCUCAACAUCACAGAUAACACAGAGAAGAGGAAAUCAGGCAUAGAGAGAACUCCAGCCAUGGCUCGCUUCGACUUCAGAGCAGAAACUCUAAAGGAACUACCGUUUCAGAAGGGAGACAUUGUCUACAUUAUUCGGCAGGUGGAUCAAAACUGGUAUGAAGGGGAACAUCAUGGAAGAGUUGGCAUUUUCCCUCAAAGUUAUGUUGAGCUCCUUCCGCCCACAGAGAAAGCCCAGCCAAAGAAAAGUGCCCCAGUGCAGGUACUCGAAUAUGGAGAGGCUGUCGCCCGCUUCAACUUCAAUGGGGACACAGUGGUGGAAAUGUCCUUCAGAAAGGGAGAGAGGAUAACGCUGAUUCGUAGGGUUGAUGAAAACUGGUAUGAAGGCAAAAUCUCAGGCACCAACCGCCAAGGCAUCUUCCCCGUCACCUACGUAGAAGUGAACAAACGACCCCGCAUCAAAAACGGAGUGGAGUAUCUCGACCCUCCUGUCAGCCAGUCGCCACAGCGCAGCACCAACGCUUCUCCUCAGCUGAAUCGUAACCGUCUGACCACCUCCCCCUUACCCCUUCCUCGCUCCCCCCGCCGCUCGGUGUCCCCUGAGGUCCACGCUAUCUCCUCUGAGUGGAUCUCCCUGACUGUGGGAGGAGGGAGCCCUCCUGCCGCCCCCACCCCUCCCCUGCCACCGUUGCCCACUGUGUCCUAUCGCUGCGGCGAGUACCUGCCCCCGCCCUACUCGGCCAGUCCCGUGCCUCAUAUCACCGGCAGCCCAUACUGCAUCUCCCCCACGGCGUCCCCAUCUGCCUCCCCUCUUCCCCCACCUUAUCCGCCCAGACCCAACUCAACCACUCCCUUCCUCACGUUCACCCCACCUCAGGGGAGGGACUACCUGCUCUCCUCUCCCUUCACACAUCUGUCAGGCAGUGUGAGCCCCUGUGGAGGGCCGGUGCUGGAGGGCUGGCUGAGGGGGGAGAAGGAGUUGACAGAAAGGGAAGGCUCAGAGGUUGACAGGGGCCACGCAGCCCCGGGCAGCAGGCGAAAUAGCCCUGCAGAGUUUGGGAAGAAUGAGGCUGAUCAUCAUGGACGGAGAUCCAGAAGCCCUGUGAUGCUGUUUGACAUCCAAGACAACAACAAUGUUAACUCAUUUGCGGAGGCAGUGUGUAAUGAGAUCUUGAAUAUAGCUGAGACCUCAGUGAGGUACUGCAGCAACCUGUCCCACCACCCUCAUGACUCUGUCCAUAGACUGCACCCCCACCCCAGUAAACAAUCUCUCAUCAUUUCCCAGCAACCCCAGUCCCACAGCAGCAGCCCGGAGCCAAACCGUCUCAACUGUGGAGUUUUCCAGGCGCUGUACAGUUACGCGCCGCAGAACGAAGACGAGCUGGAGCUGCAGGAGGGAGAUCUUGUCAGCGUCAUGGAGAAGUGCGAUGACGGCUGGUUUGUUGGAACCUCAAAGAGGACAAAACAGUUUGGGACUUUCCCUGGGAAUUACGUGAAGGAGGUGAAACUGUAAAGAUAUCUAAUCUGGCUGUAACACAUGGUUGCCUGUCAAGCUUGGGAAGUUAUUACUAUCGCGCAUGGCUGUUGGUUAGCAUAGUAAUUUAGCCAGGCGAAUCCAUUUUGUCUGGGAAAGUGAUCAGUUUGGCCGGAGGUAUGUCAAACUGCACGGCGAGGCGGAGACAGAGACAGCUCACUGCCCAGACCUCAGCAUGGUGUACACCUUGACCACAUUUAGCACACUUCUUGACAGAAUUCGUCCAUCUCCACAUUACUCCUUGAAAACACCUACCACAAACUAGCUUUUCUUGUACAGAUAAUAGCUUCCAUCCUGUCCAUGUAAUUUACAGUGUUGACAAAGCACCUCGGUCUGGAGCCCGGCAGCAGAGCAGUGUAUGGAUUAAAGAGUGGAUCUUAUUACCUGAACUGGACUUGGGAGGAAUUCAGAAUGUAUUUUUUAUGGGAUGUGUGGUUGGAGCUGUUUGUCAUAAGCUACCUUUCAGGACCAGAGUUGUCUGGUUUUCAUGAUUAGCCAAGUAUGAUGCAAACCAUGCCUUUGCUUCCAAUAGAAAACCUUCAGUGUUUGGAUCAACGCACCCUAACUAAAUGAAACUGAAUGUGGUGGUUCAUUCUUGAACUCGGUUUAGAUGUGAGAAAAUGACCUUAAAUUCAGUACCCAGACUUAUGUGUGAAGCCCUUUUAGAGACUGGUCUGACUUUUCAGUUACAUGUUAUGAAUCAUCAUAAAGUCAGUAUUGGCUCCCUUUGAAGAAAACAUCACAGCAUUCACAACUCAGUGUAACCCAAAAGCUUUAGAUACCGGUGUAGUUUUGCCUUCUUAUUCUAGCCAACGGUUGCUAUGCAACAGUUAUGACCUGUGCAUGGUAAUGUGUGCUGUUAGCUUCUCUUAUUCCCAGUUACCACGGCAAACACAGACACAGGAUACGGGGACUGUGUUGCAUGUCUGAUAAAAGUGAAGAGAAAGUGUGUACAUGCACAUCUAAUAUUUUCAGAAUGUAUUCAUUUGUCCUUUUAUACCUCAUCUGUCAAAAUAGAAGCAAGCUGUGUUUGCUGAUGGAUGAUGCCUGUAAGGUAGCUGGUGGUAGACGCCUGGCUCCAGCGCAACCACAGGACAGGCGUGGUAGCAUUUAACUUCCUGUUUGGUCAUUUUAGGGAGAUCCCACCUAACAAGAUAAUAGUAGAUUCAUCACAAACUGUUUAAUGUUUCAAGUAAAAUAAUCCUACUGAUUUUUAAGAACAAAUUGAGAUUUGAACCAUGCCCUUACUGAUAAGCUUGUAUGUUUUAUUUUGCCAUGUAAAUGUGUACAGAAAUCUUUAAGAGGCCUUCCAAAUAUGGCUACAUAUUUUCAUAUGUAAUGACUACAACUUGGAAAAUACAUUUAGUGGAAUGAUUCGAAUAAUACAAUGAGCAUUAGGUACAGCAUACACUGUAAAAUCAGUAGAGACUGACAAAUCGGAGCAUGGAACACUUUCAGCUCUUGCCUAAAUAUUUGCCACCUUUAGCUGAAAAGCCAACAAAAGUGCUGACAGGGUAAACAGGCCGCUGAGCCUAAACAGCUCCCUGAUGGAAGAUUGCUUUGAAUUUUGCUAUCAAAGCAUCAGAACCGUCUUCCCGCGAGUACAGAGCGCCCACAUCUCCAGCACCGACCCUGUAUCAGAUGCCAAAUGUCAGAAUAGAUCAUCUACACAUGCACAGAUUGAAAGAUGAUAGCUAUUGUUUGUUUUUUUCUCCUUGUGUUUUCAUCAAAUUCCUUGUUGUCAUCAACUGCCGCUCUGUGCUCAUCUAUACUUCAGCAGAACUGUCAUAUAUUGCUCGCAAAUAAUUCUUAGAGCUUGUUAUGACCUGCUUAGACUGGCAGACGGGUGCAUUUUGUAGGGUAAUUGCUAUGGAAGAAUUUUAAAGUCUAUUUAGUUUAUACCAGGUAAUGAGCUUGUUUCUGAUGCUUCAAGUAGCUGAAGUCGGAUCCUUUUCUCAAUCCACACAUUUCUAAUCAAAUGGUGCCAGACUAUCAGUGGGCCUACCUUUUUAGUAUAACUCUUUAUGUUUGCCUGAGUACACAAAAUCAGAAACAUAAUGUGAAGUAUUGGAAUAUUAAACAGUAGCUCUCACUUGGGUCUAAAAGUGUAUGUUUAUAUCUUUGUAUUUGUUUUUUAAGUGUUAGCUACAGUUGUGCAGUGAUGAUGAACAUUGACCUCAUUGGAACAUGGUUUGAAGCUGUAUGUGGCUGCCACAUAAGUGAUAUAUGAAGUAAAAUAAUUGAUGAAGUACAUUAAUUUAUCAAAAUUCAGUAGCAAUCAGUGUUUCAUCCUCUCUGGCGUGAGACAAAAUCAAGCGUGUCUUCACCACUGACAAUUUUGUCAACAUCAGUGAAGGAAUGUUUUCUCAAGAUAGUGCACUGCAUUAUGGGUUUGCCUGUAUAGCACUGAUAUAAUAUUCAGGUAUUUUGUUACACCACAAAAGCAUGUUUUCCCCUCCACUGCUGGCUAAACAUUUUUGUUCCUGUGUAACUCCUGCUGCACAUGUCAGUGCUGAUUGGUUGGGAGUCUGUUGACCUGUAGGCUUUUCUUCCCUGACAGAACAACGAGGAGGGAGUGUUUGCUCCAUCUCAAACACACGAACGUGAUGAACAAGUUAACAAUCGCACAUUUAGUCAUAUGGUAUUGUGCUCCAGAAAACAUCACAGGAUGUAUGAAUGUAUGAAUUUAUGAAUGUGGCGCAUUGCACACAUAAUAUGUAAAAACAACUCUGUACUUUCAUCUUGAAUGAACAUGCAGACUAUUGAGCAACAUGGCACAAGAAGGAUUGUAAAUAUGUAAAAUAAAAAAAGGACUGCGAGUGACUCUUGUCACUUGCAGCGGUUUAUUUACCUGAAGGAUUUUUUUUUGGCAAAGCACAGAGUGGAGCAUUAUUGAGCACAGGAAGUCUGACGCAUAUUAACAUUACGCUGCCAUUUGUGACGAUCAUCAUGCCUUAUGUUGGAUGCAAAAUUGUGCCUCAUUUUCAUUUAAGUGUUUUUUUGGAGUAUCACUGAAAGUAUCCAUGACAUAUUUAAUGUAACUAUGGUAGUCCCAUUAGUCCUAGUCUCUGUGAUGGGAGAACAUUAACUAAGAACUUGUCAGGUACUGUGCAAGUACCUAAAAGUGUGACACAAUGCUUUAACUUAAUGAUUAAUAAUCAUAAGAAUGGACUAGUUUGAGGAGACGCACAACCUGCAACAGGUUUGGUUUGUUUGCUUCAAUUUGCAGUGCUGUUACAUUGACAAUAUUAAAAUAAAAAGAUACUAUACACUGCUGUGACUUCGGUAUUAUGCAAUAUUUAAUAAACAAUUUAAAGCAC